UCGUAGUAUUUUGUCGGUCCGUUCGUGUUUUCACGUUACUAAAAACGCUUGCCGUAGAGCAUCGUUUCUUGUCUAUUUACAGAGAAGAAUACUAUUUUUGUGACGUUGCUAAAAAAAACUGCACGGUAUCAUGUUCGAUUUAUAAAAAAUCUGAAGAAAAUUGCUUGUCAUAAUCUCUUUUACAAUAACGUUUUUCUCUCUUGCGGUUAGAAUUUCGGUGCAAUGGUCUCCUGCGGGAAAAUCGAGAGUUUAUGUGAGACAUAAGUGAGAAGUGAGCGAGAGUUUAACGCCAGAAGAGUUUCGAAGCGAGCGUGCGAAAAUUUGUGUUGUGCUAUGCAUCAUAUAUGAAUGCAUUUUAGUUUACGAGUGUUUACCUUCGACGACCAUCUAUUACAUGGUUAACCUAUACAUCCUUAUGCCAUGUUGGAUUAACCAGAUUACGUGCAUCGGAAUAUUCUUUGUGUAAAUAAAUCAUCGACUGUGCAGACGCUGUGAAAGAAAAGCUAAAUUCGUGAAAGACGGAGGAUUCAGAGGACGGGAGAAUUUAGUGAGGACGCUGGACGUAGCGGCGACGAAAUGAAGCAUGCAGCAUGCGUGGUAGCGGUGUCACGGCUGCGCGGUCUUGCCUUCAACCCUUGGUGUCCGCCAGCCGCUAUCUCGCCGUACAUGCCCUUCCCGGUGAUCCUUUUUACUUCAUCGUCGAGGCUAAAUCGAAAGUGAAGGAGGUUUAUGCGCAAACAUGUACGCUUCUCAGUCAACAGGGUAUGCGAGAUUGUGAACUUUUUGGUCUAGCAAUAUUGUCUGAUGGCGAGUACUUAUUUGUGGAUUCUGAAAGUAAGCUGAACAAAUAUGCCCCGAAGAAUUGGCGAAACUCUCAUACAUAUGGUUUAGACAGCAGUGGAAGACCAGCUUUUGUGUUAUAUUUCCGAGUUCGUUUUUAUAUUGAUACGCCAUUACUCUUAAGCGAUGAGACGACGAGACAUCAUUAUUAUCUGCAAUUACGUGAUAACGUCGUCAGACAUGGUGGUGGAGUGGAGAGCCUCCACCCUCAUCAUCCUCUUCACGAUCCAUCCAUUGUUACGCCACUGCUUGCACUUGCAGGACUUGCUCUCCAAGCAGAUCUUGGCGAUUAUUCAGAGGAACGACAUAGACCACACGCAGGAUCUGUCGGCUACUGCAAAUCCACAGAUUAUCUUCCUCCUCACAUGUGUCUCGAAUCGAAUGUGCUCGCUGCGCUCGCAGCCCAACAUAAGGAAAACAGCGGACUUUCCAGAGAAGAGGCAGAAUUACAAUACAUUCGGGAAGCAGUACUUUUGGAGGCGCCGCUCAACGCUCACCUAUAUCGGUUGCGUCGAAGCAAGAAUGAGGCGGGACCUGGACGUAUACUUCUGGCGAUUUGUGCUCGUGGAGUGCGUAUCUAUACUGAAGAGGAAAUACCACGCAUUUUUGCUUGGAACAAUAUUGGCAAACUCUGCUUUGAUCGCAAGAAGUUUGAAAUCCGGGCGGUUGAUCAGCCAGAUAAACUUACUCUCUACAGUGGAUGCGAUGACAAGAGCAAACUUCUUUUGGGACUUUGUCGCGACACCCAUCAAUUUUCAAUGGCUAUAGCAUCUAGAGUAAAUGAAGCUAAAAGACGGGAAGAAGAAGAACGGAAAGUCUUGAGGGAUUGUUACAUGUAUCCUACUCAAUGCAAGCUGAGCUUAACAACGCGCGGUGCGUGUGAUCAACGAAUUUCCGUCAUCUCGAGUACAUCCUCAAACACGACAUCCGGUAUAGUCAGCGAUCGGGUACACAGUGAAGAUGAACCUGAUAUUGCAUCGGCAUCAACUGAGUGUUUGUCACAUCUUACCGAAACGACACCUUAUUUGGCUAUUCAAAAUAGAAUUUUAAACUGCACGAAUACGGAUAUGGAAAAUCACUCUCCCGUUUCUAUUAUCGACGAGUUUGAUGGUUCUGAUGUCAAUUCCACAUCGAUGGCACGUUUUGCAGCGAACACUAUGAUGACUGCCGAGGGUUCACAAUGCAGCAGCAACUGUAGCACAAUCGUCAUCGUUAAUACACCUAUGGGUAGACCAAGACGAAUGCGUCGCACUUCAGCGACCUCUAGUUUGGAAUUAGGAUACUCGCACACGGCACAAAAUUCCGCAAUCUCUUCAGAGACAGUCAGUUUUCCAAGCACUAUUUACGACAGAUGUAAAAAGACAGGUACUGAUAUUGCGAGCGAGACGAGUGGCAUAUAUACGUUGACAAGCAAUGAAAUACAGGACGAAAGAAUCGGCAAUGAUUUAUAUUCACCUACUAGUGAGACCAACGAGUCAUCGGCGGCAAGCGAUGUUUGUGUUCUUAGCUGCGUUCAAUCUGCCACCGACGAGGCGUCUGUUACAUCUGGCUUUUAUACUAUUCAUAGCGAGUUGCAGUCAGAAAGUAGCGAUGUUUAUACUGAAGACGUAGUUACGGAAGAUCAGGAACCAAUAUACAGCAUAUGUAAGGGUGACGACGAAGUCUCACUAAAUCAACAACUCGAGAACUCGCGUUCACGUAGCAACAGUAUACUUAGCGCAGGCAGUUUUCGAGGCGACGGAAGUGAUCCGUCCAGCGCGAGACCACUUCUAUCAGCCGAUGAAUUAUCAGACCUGAUAGUAGGUCGGUAUCCCCCGCGUAAAACCAUCAGCAAUUCUAUGGAUUCGGAUUGUGAUUAUGUGACUAUACCACCGCCUCCCCUACCACCACCACAGCCACAGUCACUUAGCUCAGACAGCGAUCGACAACUGCCAUUGCCGCCACCAUAUUUGAUAGAAAAUAUUGAUUAUGCAAUGGUUAAUGUUCAGAAGAAAUCGAGUAUAUCGGAAAUAAAUCGUGAACGAGAACCACCGCCACCACCACCGCCGUAUAACACGAUUCGAGACGACUUUGUUCCAUUGCCGCCCAGACGGACCAAUCCACCACUGCCUCCAUAUACCUCACAACGAGAAAAAAUUCAGAUACCGCCGCCUACACCGCCACGAAACGACGCGGUAAUGCCACGAGAACCGCCACCGCCUCCGCCCCCUUAUCCGGAUAUGUCAACAGUGUCUAGUCUUGUUUUGAAUAUUACAACGACCACCAAUAAUAUUACAGCAAACCUUGCACCGAAACCACCGCCUAGGAUUCAACCUCCUACUUAUCCAGGUGAUAAAAUGAAGCCUACUCCGGUACACGCUCCGGUUGCCGCUCUCGUGGUGGGCCCAAACAAUUAUCUGGAUGUGCAUGCAUCUCGAAAUGGUCCGAUGCUUUUACCAUAUUUAACAGCAAUGCCACCCCCGCCCCCACCGCCGAUGAUACAUCCGCGACAACCACCGCCACCACCAUCGCCGCCACCACUGCCGUCACAACCGCCAUCCAGUCUAGCAACUGUUUACACGAAUCAAAUCACUCGAUCGCAGAUAGAACAAUAUAAACAGCAGCUGUAUUCUGAUGUUGACUAUGUUAUGUUUCCGCUCAAAGAUCCAGCAGUGUCGAAGCAGGAAUAUAUCGACGCCAAGCAGGGGUCUCUUCUUGCAGCUAUGGCCGCUUAUCCGCCACCACCAUAUCCGUCUUUUAGCAAAUCCUCAGUGAUGUAUCGUAGUACGCCCUAUCUUCCCGGUUCUUCUUUUUCCUCGCAGUCUAAAUAUGCAUCUAAUCAAAAUUUGAGCACUAGCGACAUCAGCAAUUUUGACAGUAAUUAUCUACAUAACAAUCUAAACAGUCAUUAUGCUGCUAGCACGAGCUCACUGUACAGUGGUCCGACCUGUUCGUCCAGUCACAGUCUUAGAAGAGAACCGCCUGCACUAGCUGAUUCUCAUACGUUGCACACAUUUUCACGGACCAGGAGUGAUGAGAACAUUCUCAAAUGUUUGGAUACUUUGGUCACGGGUAAAAUGCAAUCUCUACCACAACAUCGUAGGUUACCGCCGCCUCCGCCACCACCUCCUUAUGAAAUACAGAAUCUUGACAAAAAUCAGCCCUUACCAUCAGCUUCUUCGGCAACAGCUUCUUCGUUGGUUGGCAUGAAAAUGUAUAAACCUAGCAAAUCUAAAAAUAACAUGGAUGAUAGUGACGAGCAAAAGAAUAACGAUAUGUUAGAUAUCCGAACACUUCGCGAAAAAAGUCGCAAUUUAGAUUUACCAUUAAUUUCCGCACUGUGUAACGAUCAAUACUUGCUGAAGCAGACGAAAGCCUUUGUCUUGCCAAAGCAUCCUAGCGAAACCAUCUCCAUCGCAACAUCAAUGAAAAAUAGCAUACGAAGCAGCAACGGAGCGGCCUUCAGCAGAAACAAGUAUCCAGUGAGUGGACUGUCAACGACACAAAUUCAGAAAUCGCCUAAAAAGUCCUCGACGAGCACUCAUAAGCAUCCUUCUGAAGCAAAGAACAAUUCUUAUAAAAUCAAUAUCAAUACUUCCAUUACAGGAAUUUCAAUGAAUAAGGAAGACUUCACGUCUCACUCUUAACACUUUUGAUAUCUCUUUUUUCAUUUAUUUUUUAUAAUUUAGGAUAAAAAUAUAUUUUUUUUAUAAUCCUGAUUUUCAUAAUCAUCUCAGUUUAUGUUUUGUCGAUGUAACUAGUACAUCAUACAGAAAAUGUACAACAAAUGAAAUAUCGUCUCGACAAACUGUACUUCUUCGAUUCAAAGUGCCAUUUUAUCUGUUCGCCGUAUUUUUUGUGUUCACAACAUUUUUAAUGUUAAAAUAGAGAAUUCAAAUCGUGUAAAUUGCUCAUCACUGAUAAACGUAAAAUUUUUCAAACUUUAUUUUCAUGAAACUUAUUGUUAAAAAUUAUAUCUUUGUGAGACAAACGCUCUUUUAUAUAAAAUAUUUUAAAUAGUUGAACUGUGGCAUUAAGGACUUAAAAUAUUUAUAAUCUUUUGCUCAAUUUUACGACUGAUACAGAUAUACAAAUAAAAAUUCGAUUUAUAAGCCCCGAUAAAGGCGGCACUAGUCCCGCUCAUUGUUAGAAUAAACUAUAUAGAGUUUAUUGGCCAUUAUGUGAUUAUCACAUUAUAUGAGAGAUUAAUAAUUGAUUACUUGAGAAAAGCAAUAAGUAUUUAUAAGUUUAAAUUGAAGGAAAAUUAAAUAAUAAUUAAAAGAUUUUAUUUCUUUUUAUAUUAACUACUAUGUUGUUAUGUUGUUUAGACGCAUAUGUUAUAGCAUAUUUUUUUUAAAUAAGAAUAAAUUUUUUUAUAUUUAAAUUUAUGUAAAAAUUAAAUCUCAAAUGCAGAAAUAAUUUUUAAAUUUGUACAAUUUAUAGAAUCCGAAUUAGAAACAUUGGAGUUUCAUUCGAAGAGUGGGAAUAGAACCAAUAAUUGAAAUGUUUGAUCGAUUUGUAUUAUUUCUUUUUUGUUCUUUUGCUGGAUUGUUUAAAUAGUUCAGAGAUUAAAGAUAAUUUGAGAAAAUAUAGUAUUCAUUGCAAAUAAUCAUCAGUUGUUUAUUUCUUUUUUUUGCAAUAUAUAGGCUUAUGGUCACACAAUUCAUUUGCAAUAUUUUGUUCUUAUAUACACAGAAAAUUAUUUUAAAUACGAUAUAAUAUGCUACAUAAUACCAUUUUAUUAACUUGGAAUCUUAAGACUUAAAACUUAAAAACGUAUUUAAAACAAUCUUAAAUAAGAACAAACUAUGGAUCUUAUGAUGUAACUUUAUUUAACUCAAAAUGGUCAAAUUAUUUGAACAUAUUGUCAGAUUGGAAUGAUUGGAAUAAUUUUAAAUUUAAGUUUGUGUGAAAUUUGAAUGGUUUGAAUUGUUCAAUUACACAGGUCUACAUAAUUUUAUAUUUUUUGUGUGAUCUGAAAAGAACGAGUAGUUUUCUAUAGCUUUUUGUGCGCUGAAUCCAAAUUCGUAAAGCAGAAUGGUCUAUCAUGUCAGGUUUUUUAAAAAAAAUAGGGUUACAACCCCUGUAAAACCCUCAUAAAUGUUUUUAUCGUUUUUGAAAAUUCACAGGCGAACGAUGUACAAAAGACUUCAAACAAAGCUCAAUGAGCUAAAUGAAAGCUCGAACAAUGUACUUUAGUAUAAAAAUAUCGAAUCUUUUACCGCAGAUACUAUCGAAUCUGAGGUGCGCUUUAUUUUUAGAGGUAAAUAUAGUUACUGUGUUCCAUCUUUAUUCACGACAUUAUUCACUUAUAUUUUUGUGUGGUCUGAAAAAACCGAAUAAUUUUCUACAAUUUUCUGUGCGUUGUAUCUAAAUCCGCAAAAUAAAAUGGUUUAUUACGUCAGGUUUUCGAGAAAAACCGAGUUGAAACUCCCAAGAAACGCGUUUCUUAUUAUUUUUAAAAAUUUAUAGCAGAUGAACCCGAUGUGCAAGAGAUUUCACACAAAGUUGAAAUAAAAGCUUGAACAAUGUACUUUAAUAUAAAAAUAUUAAAUCUUUCACCGCAGAUGUUAAUCUCAGGUGCGCUUUGUUUUUAGAGGUAAAUAUUGUCGUACUUACACUUAUAUAUUUUCAAAAAUGGUAAAAAACAUUUUUGAAGAGGUUCCAACUCCAUUUUCCUUGAAAACCUAAUGUGAUAGCUCAUUUUGCCUUGUAAAUUUGAACAAAAUUUAACGCAUAAAAAAACUAUAAAAAAUUACUCGGUUUUCCCAAACCGCACAAAAAAUAUAAGUAAAUGAUGCUAUAAACAAACGUGAGACACAGUAGCUACAUAUUUAUCCCUGAAAACAAAGUUUCUGAAGUUCGAUGGUAUUUGUAAAAGAUUCAAUAUUUUAUAUUAAAGUACAUUCUUAUGUUUAAUUUUAAAAUGUCGCCAGUAGAUAAAUUAAUAGACAAGUGUUUGUACGACCAAACUGGCAAUUUAUUGUUUGAUUGUUCUAUCACAACGUUUCGACCAUAUGGUUUUGGUCCUUAUCAAGUGAAACUAAAAUAACAAUACUAUAAAUAAUGAUAGUCAAGUUACAAUGAAAUAAAUAGAAUUAUGUACCUACGUUAUAA